AUGCCCUCGGGGAAAGUGGUCAAGUUCAUCCUGUAUGAGGUGCUGCAGUAUGCGGCCCUCAUCGUGCCAAUAUUUGUGACCAUGGAGAGGUUUGCUGGCCUCAUACAUCACGUAAGAGGCCGGGAUCUAACAGCAUACUGGCUAGUGGUGGCGACCUCUAUUGCCUAUGUGACCACUGUGACCCUCUUGGUGUGGGUCCCUCUUAAAUAUCUGAUCCUGAAGCAGCGCCGGUUCAUCACAGAGAUCACACAAUGGAGACCAACAGCACUGGCAUAUCUCAUCCUGUGUACAUUACCGUGCUUUGCUAUUUUAAUAGCCGCCUCCAAGGUGCAGGUAGACAAAGGAGUCAAGUUUGACCAUUUUACUGAGUUGCCUGUUUCCAUGGUUCUUUUCUCUCUCAUCUGUGUGGAUGUCAUCGAGAGGAUUCGACCCUGCAGGCUCACUGGACGAUCAGACAACUACGAUCAUGACCUAGAUGUGACAGGCCCCACCCUCACCCACCUGGAACAGGUGACCACCGUGUCAAGCCAGCUGCAACCUGAUGAAGGCCAGAACGAUCUGACCCAAGGCCAUCCAGAGGCCAGGAAUGGCAGCGCCUCAGGCAGGUGGCAGCACCCCAGCUCACGAGCAACCAACAAUGCCUACUUGUACACAUCCUCCCGUCCCCAAUACUACUCUGGCCCUUUGAGCUUCCUGUGGAGGAGGGAUGGAAGGUCAGAAGUGUUUGUGGAUAGUUUCCUGUUCUGGCUAGACACUGUAGAGAUGUUGAGAGUGGCAGGAGAGCCGCUGGUCUUUUACUCAGUCUGGGUGUUCCCCAUCUACAUCUUCGCUUUCCUGUCCACUCUCCGCAUGGUCAUCACUCCUUACAACCCCUUGUUGUCUUUUGCUGGAUUUGCUCUCCAGGAUUUUCCUUUCUUUGUGAUUCGGCUGACUCUGAUUAUUUUGUUUGGUUAUGUCACACCUGUAUUGUAUGCACUGAAAAAUGUGCUUGUGAGCCUGACUUUUAUCUACUUUAGAUUCAUGACUAAGCUGAAGAUAUUUAGAAGCCAAAGCAUGUUUUGA